ACUCAGCAGGCAGUGCCUCGUCCUAAGUGGCUACUUUAGCUACUGUGGUGACAUUCCUCCUUUUGUCCUUGCCAGCCUGAUGGGAGAGGGAUGAGAAGUGAGUCUCCAGAAGCAUGUCCAUGUUCAGUUCUACCAGUGGAACAACAGCCCCAUUGAAAGGGAAAGAUUGUGGUGAUGUUUCAGCUGCUUUUUUGGCCAGACUGCAAGCAAACAAGUUACAAAUAUUUUUCUGAUUACUUCUGUGGAAGAGAGCGUCCCUUUUCUGUGUAGUUCCACUUUUCUUUCUUUUACAACUCCAAUCUUAUUUACGCCUUUCACGCCUUAAUCGGUUGCUCCUUGCGUAAGUUUCCUUCAGCUGAAACAGUUGGCCUCCUGUGCACUUCCUCUUGAGGGUGAUGGAGUUCCCCCAGCAUAGCCAACAGCUUUUGGCUAACCUGCGAGCUCAGCGCCUCCAGGGAUUCCUGUGCGACUGCACCGUCCAGGUUGGGUCUGCCCGUUUCCUAGCCCACCGUGCUGUCCUGGCCUCCUGCUCGCCAUUCUUCCACAUGUUCUACUCUGAGCAGCCUCUAGGGAAGAGGGAGACUGUUACCAUCAAUGGAGAAAUUGUGACUCCCCUGGCCUUUGGCCUGCUCCUGGACUUCAUGUAUGAGGGCACACUGAGGUUGGCUGCCCAGCCCCCACCAGAGGAUGUGCUGGCUGCAGCCAGCUUCCUACACAUGAAUGAUAUUGUACGCGUGUGUAAGAAGAGGCUGCAGGGUCGAGGCCUGGCCGAGGCAGACAGCACCAAGGCUGAAGAGGAGUGUGUGGUUGUCGGGGGGAGUUCGGCUAGGUUGGUGGGAGGAACCCGGGAAUCUAGGGAGGAUGCAGGAGGAGGGGGGACUGAGGGAUCAGCGGGGGUGACAAAAGGUACAGCGCUGUCCUUGCCUCAGUUUCCCCACCUCAACCAGUUCACCCCACACGGAUCAGAGAGAAAAGUAGAUAUUCGAGAAGAGACUCCUAGCCCGAACAAUACAGACAAAUCUGGCUCUGCCAGUCCAGACCUAGCUGAUACUACCCAGCCAGGGAUGGACUCUUUGCCCAGGCCUCAAAGCCAAGGAGAGACUACCCUCGCCAGCCCUUGCAGCUCCACUGAAAUGUACUCCAGCAACCACCCAUCUUCUUCAUCUUCCUCCUCAUCUUCUGUUGUACCUGUAGCCCAGUGUUUCCCCAGCUCAGAGACUCAAAACAAUGGGAACAGCUCUCUUUCACUGACACAUGCAAAUGAGAAUAGCACCUCCAGUCCAGAUCUGGCCGGCCCAUUGAUCUCAAAUGAUAGUUGCAUAACGUUAGCGCAAGGUGGCAACCUGCAAGCUGGUGUUUCAAAAGCAGUGCCUAUUACAGUGCAAAGGCAGAGUCCCCCACCACCCUUAGCACCACUUCCCCUUCCACACACGCACAACCAGUCUGUGCCCGAGGUGCAAACCCUGGGGAUGGAAAGAGAACGCUCAAGUUCACGACAGGAUGGACAGAGUCAGGGUUCAACAAAGGAAAUAGCAGCAGGACUAGGACAGGAGGAAGAAGAGGAGGAGCGAGAGGAUGAUGGGGUCAAGGUAAAGGUGGAGGCCAUUGUCAUUUCAGAUGAGGAGCUGGAUGACAUGGAAGUGAUGCUUGAAAGGGAAGGGGAGCACCGAAGGGGCUCAGAGGGAGUGGAGGGGGCUGAGUUUGAGGACAGCGAUCAGGUAUUCCUGCCGCACCACUCCCUUUUGCACCUCCCUCACCACCAAGAGCCCCUUUCCUUCCCACUCUCUCCUCAAGGUACGAGCACCUCUGACCCUCCUUCCUUUCCUGGCGGUUUCUUCCCUUCCACUUCCCAUCAAGGACACGCUCAACAGCCAGACCAACAGGCCCUGUACUUCCAGGACUUUCAGGAGUCCUUGGGCACCUAUGUGGAGGACGUGCCCACUUGUGCCACCUGUGGGAAAACGUUUUCCUGUGCCUAUACUCUGAGGCGGCAUGCCAUCGUGCACACGCGUGAGCGCCCCUAUGAGUGUCGUUACUGCUAUCGCAGCUACACCCAGUCCGGGGACCUGUAUCGACACAUCCGUAAGGCCCACGACCACGGGCUGCCAGCCAAACGCAGCCGAGUGGAUUCUGAACCGCCACAGCCACCGCCCCAGCAACCCUGACUGAGGUCUGUGGUGGACACUCAGAGGUACUUAUGUAGCAGAAAAGGAAACAUGGACUAUAGAAACCUGCUUUUAAUUGGAGUUUUCAAUUCCGUAUUGUAAAACAGCUCUAUCUUCAGCCAUUUCAUGAUGUGGAGUACCAAAAAUGUAUGCAAACUAAGAAGUGUCUUUUAAAAAAUAUCAGUUGCUAAACCGCAACUACUUUGUGAAAUCUUUGAGUAGAGAAUACAGUGUCCAUAAUUGUCAGGUUUACCAGACUUGAGACCAGUUGUGAAAAAUGACUGGAAGAGUUUAGUGCAGCUGAAAGGGAAUGUUUCAAUGUAAUGAGGAUACAAUGAUGGUGGGCAAUUCUGGUCAAGUCCUGCAGUAAUACAGAUCUUUGUUACCUUUCUACUACUUACUGAUGCCUGAAAUGCCAUGAGACAUUUUUUUAACUCACUUUAAUCACACCAUUAAGCAUUAUGGUCAAGUGAAAACCAGCUCACCAUGCUGCCUGUCAAGACCAGAAUUUCCCUUACCUGUUGUAGAAGCAUUAUUAACUAGUGUCUUUUAUUAUUUAUGGGUUUGUUUUUUUUUAAUUAAUUGUGCAAAAGAUAUGAAUAAAUAGCCCACUACCAAAACAUGUUACUAAACCUUUGCUGUGAACAAGGUGUACAGUGCUGUAUUAUACGUAUUUAUACUUUUUUAUGUUUUCAUUGAUUGUUCAUUUAAAUAAAUGUGUAUGAGCAGUUUUUCUUGGCUAGUGGCCAUGUUAUGUCAGUAGCCAUCUCAAUUUUACCUAUAAAUUGUAUUUAAUUAGGUUUGGGUAGGAUGCCUGUAGAUGUACAGACUAAUAAAACUUUUAAUAAAGUAAUAGCGCUAAUAAAGGUUGAAUAAAGGUUUGAAGGGAA